UUGAACCGGGCGCGCGGCGCGGCCUGUACCCAACGGCGGCGGCGGCGGAGCGGGUCACCAGCCUGGUGUCGCGUAUGAAGCCCCCCAGAGGAGCUGAUCCUGCCGCCCCGAUGGAGGGUGGGGAGGGCAUCACCGAGCUGCUCACCGAGCUACGGGAAUGCCUCUGCUGCUCCCCGGGAGAUGCCUCCGGCACCAGCCAGGCCUCCCGGCUGCAGCGGCGCCGGGUCUGCGACAGGGUGCUGCGGGUCUGCGUGGAGCGCAUGGCCCAGCCCGGGGGCUCCCCGGCACAUGCCACCAGCCUGGUGGCCCUGGCCGAGGAAGCGUGCCAGGGCUACCUGUCCACCGUGCCACAACCGGCUCCCCUCUACUUGGAGAAGAUCUUGUACCAUCUGCUGAGGAACGCGGCCAUGCGGGGGAGCGGCGAAGCCUGCUGGAGGGUGGCCAAUCUCCUCCGUGCCCGGCUACUGACUUACCGCCCCGGCCAGGUGCCCUCCAAGGACUUCACGGCCAUCGCCUACAGCAGCUUCGGCGUCCUCUGGAAAGGGGCAGAUGCCCUGGCUGAGCCUGAGCGGCCGCAGGAGGAGGGGAGAGGCGUCCUCUUGGUCCGUCUGCGAGCCCUGCGCUUCCUGCUGCUGCUGGAGGAGGACGGGGCAGCCUUGACGCUGCUGCAGCCCCCCUUCUUCACCUCCCAGACGGCGCAGCAGGCGGCUGCCGCCGCUGCCUUGUAUGAAGCCCAGCAGACGUCAUCCUCAUCUUUCCUGGGCCGACAGCUCGGGGACUGCUUGCUCGCGGCGCUGCGAAAGGAGGCGACUGAGCCGCCCAGCCUCCAGCAAUCCCUCUGCUUCUUUGAGCUCACCCUGGAGCAGUGCCGGCAUCUCUGCAAGAGCGGAGAGUACAGGGAGGCUGAGGAGGCAGUGAAGGGUGCGAGGGGAUUUCUGGGGACCGCAGGCGGCUCUGCAAAAUCUUUCCAUGACCCCCUGUCCCUCCUGGAGGCUGGGGUCCAGCUGAGCCAGGUGCUGGCCAAGAGCACUGGCCCUGCGGGGCCACCCUUCUCCCAGGCGGCGGCGGCUCUCAGAGCGGUGAUGGAGGCCUCAGAGCUGUUCCUCAGGGUGCUGGCCGAGAGCUGCCAGUUCCUCAUCUCCUCCCUUGGUGAGUAUGUGAAGAGGAGCAAGCAGCAGCCCUUCGGCCGGGAGGACGUACUCAGCCUCUGCGCCUUCACCGAGGGGCACUACCGUGUCCUGCACCGACUGCUGCGGAGGGUUCCUCCUGAUGGUGUCAAACAAAAGCUCAUGGUGAAGCAGCUGCUCUACCACAGCCUCCAGCUCUUUGCCAGCGUGGCCUACGACGCCUUCCAGUGCUCCCAGCCGUCGCAAACAUCGGACUGGCUGGGACUGGAGCAGCUGACGAUGGGCUGCAGGAGGAGCGUGGCCUGGAUGCUGGAGGCGUUGGAGGGGCUCCCCGAGAGCGAGCGAGCCAAGUACCUCGAUGUCACUGCGUCAUGCACCUUCAAGCUGGGCUACAUCUUCUACAACCAGAACCUUCACGAGGAGGCCAGCGCCGUCUGCGAGCUCUUCUGCGCGAGGCUGCAGGCGGCAGAUGCCUACGCGUGUCCCGAGAUCCCCCCGGAGCGGCUGCACAAAUGCUUCAGGCUGCAGGUGGAAAACUACCGCAAGCUGGGGCGGGUGGAGAGAGCCCUGGAGUGCGUGGUGCAGUGGCUGGUCGCGCUGCGGGGCCGCGUCGGGGAGCUGCUGGCAGAGCCCGUCUCCCUCUGGGUCAGAGUCAAAACAGACGCUGCCAAACAGGGGAAUGAGGAGUCACGGCUACGGACGUUGAAGGAAGGUUUGGAGGGGCACAACCUGGACACGGAGACCUUGGUGACCAUCCUCUUUGCGGAGUUAAAGGCCUACAAGACCGUCCGAGCUGACACAGGGCAGGAACGCUACAACGUCCUCUGUGACCUGCUGGAAAUCUGCUCGGAGGAGAGCGGCCGCCUGCACGAACGAGCCGUCGGCUUGACGGAGCUGGCCCAGGUCUUGUGCUACCGCAGCUACGCCCAGCAGACGGAGUGCUCCUCCCUGGACUCGGUCCACGAAGCCUUGAGGCUGCUGGAGUUGGUGCCCAGGAGCGCCCAGAACCGGGACCGGCUCCUCGACGACCGGGCGCAGGCUCUGCUCUGGCUCUACAUCUGCACCCUGGAGUCCAAGCUGGAGAAGAGCAUCGAGAGGGACCAGAGAGCCAAAGCUCAGGGGGUGAAAAACCUGGAUGACUUUGAGCCCAACGACCUCAACUACGAAGGCAGGCUGCUGGAGGACAGGUUCCUGUACGACGGCAUCGCCUUCAACCUGGCAACAGAGACCGCUCUCUCCAAAAGCCUGGAUGAUGCCUUCAUGCUGUGGAAGCAGCUCCUGGAGACACCGGGCGUCCCAGCCGUGCGCAGCCCUGAGCAGACCGUGGCCUCCCUGCACCUCCUGGCAGCGCUCUACAAGCUGAUGGUCAAGCCCUUGCAGGCCAUGGAGAGCUACCUGCUGGUCAGAGCCCUGUGCAGCGCGCUCGGGGACAGCCUGGGCACGGCCGGUGCCCUCUGCCAGGUCACCAAGCUGCUCUUCCAGCUGGAAUGUCCCAGUUACGCCCAGCUUUUCCUGGAGGAGACGGAGUCCUGCCUGCAGAAAGCCGACAGCAGCAACGAUUCCUACCUUCUGCUGCAGCAAACCUGCCUCCUGCUCCGCAGCCAGCUCUGCUGCGUCAACCGCCGGAUUGAGGAGGGUCUCGCCCUGUUGCUGGGGGUGCUCCAGAACCCGGCUCUGCAAAAAAUCACCAAGGUCUGGUACCUUCUGCGAGCCCACGUUCUUCGGUUGGCGGCCGUCUACCUGAGCCUCCCCCCUGCCUGCCUCUCGCUGGAGCUCCGGCAGCGGAUUUUCGGACAAGGGUGGAAGACGCCCGAGACGGCUCUCGCCGAAGCCCACAAGCUCUUCCGCGGCGUCAUCCUCCUGCUGAUGGGCGGCAACGUGCUGGGCUGUCAGACAACCGCCUCCGACGCCCAGUUUGUGGAUUAUGGGGACAAUGUGCUGCUGAAGUGGCACGUGCUGGGUGACAUGCUGGCCUGCUCGGAGCACCUGGUGGCCCUCCUCAGCAGGCUGGAGGUGGUGUGUAAAGCCAAAGCCUUCUGCUUGGAGGCCGUCAAGCUGGCCAUGAAACUGCAAGCCAUUCGGUGGUGUGCUUCCUUCCUGGUGCUGAAGGCCCAGCUGGAGCUGCAGCAGAGCGAGCUGGAGCUGAGCCACUUCGACCUCCAGCAGGCUCUCUUCCUCCUGGAGUCCGACACAGAGUUUAAAACCAGCAAGAAGCAGAAGAGCCAGAGAAAAAUUCUGCCCAGGAAAGGCAAACUGGAGGACAAGAAGCCCCGGGACCCUGUCUCUGAGCCCCCCAGGGAAGAGGACGGUUUCCUGAAAGGCCCCGAGCUGGAGUUUGUGCCCACAGCGAGCGGGGUGGAGAAGGCGGAUGCUCUCAUGGCCUCACCGGAGCUGAAGGUCCCGAAGAGGAAGAGACUGGCCUUCCUCGCCCACCCAGCGACCUGCCCCUGCUGCCUCUGCUCCGACCUGGCCCUCUCGGCGCUCUGCCUGCGCUGGCUCCUCUCCUGCGCCCGGAGCGAGCUGGCAGCGGGCAGCGCGGCCGAGGGGCUGGCUCUCAUCCACGCCGUGCUGCCGCGCUGCGCUGCCGUGGCCGCCCGCUUCGCCGCCCUGCUGCGGGACAAGCUGCAGGGCAGCUCCGUCGGCCGGGACCUGCCCGCCCUGGAGCUGCUGCACGAUCUGGUGGCCGCCGGCUACGCCGCGUUGGCCCUUCAGAGCCUGGCCAGCCCCCAGCUGGCAGAGGAGCUGCAGGAGGAGCUGGAGACGGGGUUGACCUUCCUGGCGUCUUGCAGACCCCACUUGCCCAACCUGGAGGUCUCCAGGGCCAGCCUGCUGCUCACCAAAGCCAUGGCUACCAUUUGCCGCCUGGCCUCUAAGCACGGGGACUCCAUGGAUGGCGUCUUUGCCAGUUCUUGGACCUUGCAGUUGCCCGUGCUGCCUCCGGCAGAGCCCAAAGAGGCGACUGUGCCCCAAACCCUCAAAUCGGACAAGGCUCAACCCCAAAAGCGCAAAACCAAGCCCACGUUGGCCCCUGCCAUGCCCAAGCCCAGAGUGAAGAAGAACCAGAGAGCGAAGCCACUGUCUGUCCCCGACGCCGAUGACAUCUUUGCGCUGGGUGACUCGGACAGCGAGGUGCCCCCCAUCGUCAUCCGGCCGGCCACGGUGCCCUGCACACCCUGCCAGAAAUCCCGUCCCCACGCCAGGGCGCGCGCAGCCCCUGCUUCCCGGACUCCCUUCACCAUCUUCAGUGAGUCCUCCCCACCAGCCAGCAAGUCCCGGCUCCUGCGAGCCCCCAAAGCCUCAGGGAGAGUCAAAUCUCGCCUAAAAGUGAUGUUCAGCGAUGACAGCGACGUGGAGGGUCUUGAAGCGGGGCUGACCCCCACUGCCGCCACCACCACCCGCAAGCCAUCCCGUGCCCCAAAAGCCCUGUCCCCCAAAUCUAUGGGGUGCGGCGGUGCCCAGCCCCGGAGAGGGCGGCCGGGCACCCGCCGAGCCGGGGCUACGGAGGAGAAAAGGGAGCGGGUGACCCGCAGGGCUCCCGGCAAGAGAGCCGAGGAGGAACGGGAGCUUCUGAGGGCCAUCGAGGAAGAGGAGAAAGAGAAGGUGGAGGAAGAGCUUGAUCUCAGCUUCAAGGUCUUGCGGGCCUCUGAGGAAGAGGAGGGAGCCCCAGGCAGGACACGGCGUCCCCGGUGCAGGCAGGAGGAGCAGGAGGACAUCGGGGAUGGCCCGGCAGCGCGGUGGUGGCCCGACAGCGGGGACCCCCUGCCCGUGGAGGGGACCCUCUCCUCCCCCCGGCCCGCGGCUGGCGGCGUCCCCUCGCUGGACACCGUCCUCGAGCUCCUGAAAGAGGCUUUCAACCUCGUCAGCCACUGCCCUCCCGGGGCGCUCUACAGCCAGCUCUGCCGCCUCCUGGCCCUGGGCCUGGGCAACCAGGACCCCCUUUCCACUGCCUACCUGCUCUCCGAGUCCGUCUCCGUCACCACCCGCCACCAGCUGCUCAGCGUCAUCCACAGGAAGAUCCACAAAGAGAAGAAGGCGGUGGGGGACGUGGCGGAGCAGCUCCAGGGGCUCUCCCUGCGGGAGGGGAGCUCUGCCCAGCGCAGCCGCCACCUCGCCGAGCUCCAGAGACUCUUCGCGUUCAGCGCGGCGGGGCUGGGGUGCGGGGAGCGGGACGCCUUCCGCGCCCAGCUGCAGCAGAUCCCCGCCGGGGUGACCGUCUGCGUCCUGACCCUGGCCGGCAUCCAGCCUGGCUCGGCGGGGGACACGCUGCUGCUGACGCGGCUGGAGAAGGACGCGGCUCCCCUCAGCAUCCGCAUCCCCACCGCCCUCGGCAAGGUCCCGCUGCGUUCGGUGCUGAGCGACUUCGAGGCCAUCCUGAAGGAGCAGAAGGAAGCCAACGGCUGCACGGACAAGCAGGACUGGUGGCUGCGCCGCUCCCAGUUGGACCACAGGAUGAAGAGCCUCAUCGAGACCCUGGAGACGCAAGUGCUGGGCUGCUGGAGGGGGGCCCUGCUCCCCGCUCCCCCCCAGCCCGCUCUGGACGAGGAAGUCGCCCUCUUGCACCCCCAGCUCUGCCGCUGCGGCUGGAGCCACCCCCAUCCCGCCCUGCUCAAGGUGCUGCUCAACGCCGCUCCCCUCCUCGCCCCCGAGGACGUGCGAGCCCUGGCCUUCGGCCUCUGCCCCGCGCAGCCCCGCCAGGCUCAGCUCCUCUUGCAGGAGGCGGUGGAAAAGCAGAGAUCCUGCCCCGCGCAGCCCGGCGGAUCCCUCGUCCUGGUUCUGGAUAAGCACCUGCAGAAGCUGCCCUGGGAGAGCAUGGGCUGCCUGAAGGCUGUGCCCGUCACCCGCCUCCCGUCCCUGCGCUUCCUGCUCAGCUACUCCCUGGCACAGGCGCAGCGCGCAGGGUCAGUGCUGAGCCGCGGCGUCAACCCCAGCAGCACCUUCUACGUCCUCAACCCCCACUGCAACCUCCUGGGCACCGAGGAGCGCUUUCGGGGCUGGUUCGAGAGCGAGCCCGGCUGGAGGGGGGUGACCGGCGCCGUCCCCAGCCCCACGCAGAUGCAGGCGGCUCUGCUGGAGCACGAUCUCUACAUCUACGCGGGGCACGGAGCGGGCGCCCGUUUUCUGGACGGCCAGACCAUCGCCCGGCUGGAUUGCCGCGCCGUGGCCCUGCUCUUCGGCUGCAGCAGCGCCGCGCUCGCCGUCCGCGGCAGCCUGGAGGGCUCCGGCAUCGUCCUCAAGUACAUCAUGGCCGGCUGCCCCCUCGUCCUGGGCAACCUCUGGGACGUGACGGACCGGGACAUCGACCGCUACGCGCAGGCGCUGCUGCAGGGCUGGCUGCGGGGGGGCUCGGGGGCCCCCCUCCUCGCCUACGUCGCCCAGGCCCGCCAAGCCCCCCGCCUCAAACACCUCAUCGGGGCCGCCCCCGUCGCCUACGGGCUCCCCGUCUGCCUCCAGUGAGGGCUGGGGGGGGUCCCCGCUCCCCCGGGU